AUGUCGUAUCCUGAUCAAAGGUCUGAUACCGAGUGGCAGGCCGUCCUCAACAAAGAGCAAUUUCGCAUCCUGCGAGAAAAGGGCACUGAGCCUCCUGGAUCCGGAAAGUUCGACAAGCAUUACCCGGAAGAGGGAGUCUACACUUGUGCUGGGUGCCACAAGCCCCUCUACAAGGCCAAUCACAAAUUCAAGUCUGGCUGCGGAUGGCCGGCCUACUUUGAUAGCAUCCCUGGCGCAGUUACAAGACACGAGGAUCGAACUCUAGGCAUGACUAGGACGGAAAUUGUCUGCUCCAAUUGCGGUGGUCACCUUGGUCAUGUUUUCAAGGGCGAGGGGUUCGCAACGCCGACGGAUGAGCGACACUGUGUCAACAGCGUCAGUCUCAACUUUUCACCUGAUGAUAAAACUGUAGAGAGUGGUUCCAGGCAGAGCAAGGCGUAG